UUCGAAACCACACACAUCAAAAGUUGCAACCAAUUACAAGAGAAAAAAAAAAAAAAACGAAAUUUUUCUUAUUUUCUAUAAAUGUUUUACAUGGGAUUUUUUUUUUCUUUAAAAAGUAAUACAUAUUUUUCUGCCUUUUUUUUCCCGAAAACUCUAGCCCUCUUCUUCUUUCUGAAAAUAAUAAAAAAACCCUAAAGCUUUUCUCUGAAAAUCGUAGCACCUUCUUUCUAGACACUCUCUGAAAUCCUCGUUAUCUCCUUUUGUUCGUGCGCUCCGUAGAGUUUCUAUGGUGUGAAAUCGACGCGACACUUGUGAGAUUUGAAGGGAUCUAGGGUUACAACUCGAGCGACAAUGGCGUCUUCGGAUACAGAGCUCGAAGAACAGCUUCUGCAAGCCGGGAAUAAGCUCGUCGACCCUCCCUCCUCCGUGGAUGAGCUCCUGCCUCUUCUCGACCAUGUAGAAAAUUGUUUGUUGAGAGUGGAACAGUCCCCUACCAAAUCAAUGCAGAAUGCACUUUCUCCAUCUCUCAAAGCACUGGUUGGUGAUCAACUUUUUAGACAUUCAGAUGUCGAUGUGAAAGUUGCAGUUGCCUCUUGCAUCAGUGAGAUAACAAGGAUAACUGCACCUGAUGCUCCUUAUGAUGAUGACCAAAUGAAGGAGAUCUUUCAGUUGAUUGUAUCUUCAUUUGAGAAUCUAUCUGACAAUUCCAGCCGGUCAUAUACAAAGAGGACCUCAAUUCUUGAAACUGUUGCAAAGGUCAGGUCAUGUGUGGUGAUGUUGGAUCUUGAAUGUGAUGCACUGAUCCUUGAGAUGUUCCAGAAUUUCCUGAAGGCAAUAAGGGAACAUCACCCAGACAAUGUCUUUUCAUCUAUGGAGACGAUUAUGACCCUUGUUUUAGAAGAAAGUGAAGACAUUGCUCCAGAGUUACUCACUCCGAUCUUAGCUAGUGUGAAAAAGGACAAUGAGGAAGUUCUGCCUGUUGCUCGGAAGUUGGCAGAGAGAGUGCUUGAAAGCUGUGCUACAAAGGUUAAGCCUUACCUGAUUCAAGCAGUGAACACUUUGGGAAUAUCUUUUGAUGAUUAUAGUGAAGUUGUUGCUUCGAUAUGUCAAGAGACACCUGGAACUGUUGAGCAGAAUGAAGUCCAUGCUAUUAGCAAGGAUAUGGCUGAUGAGAGCAAUUCAGUGAAGGCAUCUGUGGAUGAGAGAGGCCCAGAGGAUAAAGGGAAAUCAACAGCAGUAGUUUCUUCGGAACAAGUUGAUCCUGCUAUUCAGCAAUCUCCCAAAUCAGUAAUGAGCAAUGGUGUCGCACAAACUGGGGAAGAUGAGACUCUGCAGCUUUUGAACUCUGAAAACAAGCAAGAGCAUAGUCAUCUAUCUGAUCAAUCCAAAAGUAUUAGUACAUCGAGCAAUGCCAGACCUAAUAAUUUGGAAACUGAGAAACUGUCAGAGCCUAAAAGUAACAGCAAGGAUGUGUCUAGUUCACCUCCUGCGGACCCAUCUGUUGAGUCUGCUGGGUCUUUAAAAACUGAAAAAGAGGCUGAUAUUAAGAUAUCCUCACCGAAGGCUUUGGAUAAUGAAUCUGGAAAUGUUGCUGCUCUAUCCCCAAGAGUUAGCCUUCCUGAUGAAAGUCAUUCUAAAAAGGCUGGUGGACGACCAAAAAAAAAAGAGAGCUCAAUUAAGGAGGCUACGCCAUCCUCACAUGAUAUUUUGAAAAAGGUAUCUGAAGGAACAGGCAAUUUGGAGCCAAAAUCAAGUAGACGCUCAGGGAAAAAGGUGCCCAGUGAGAUUUCUAGUGAGAAUAAAACACCAACUGUGGUAGAUGCAUCCAGCAAGGAAAUUAGUGAUCCAGAGGCAAAACCAUUGAGGCAGCCAGCAAAGAAGGUAGAUGGAAGCAUUAAAAUCGAUGGAUCCUCUUCACAGCAGCCAGAAGACAAGAAAAAGCGGGGACGGGGAAAAGCUAUUUCUGAGAAGGAUGAAACAAAAUCUUCUACCAAGGCUGAUGACAAAGAAAUGGUGUCUUCACCGAAGUCAGUCACAAAGUCAACUAAAGACGAUAGUGUCUUGGAGGAAACCCCUAAGACAAAUCCCAAGAGGAAGCGUACUCCAGGAAAAGAAAAAGAAUCAGACUAUGGAGAGAACUUGGUUGGCUCAAAGAUUAAGGUUUGGUGGCCAGAUGACCAGGCGUUUUAUGAAGGUGUUAUUGAUUCUUUUGAUCCUAAGGAAAAGAAGCAUAAGGUCUUAUAUACGGACGGCGAUGAAGAAGUUUUAUAUCUUAAGAAGGAAAAGUGGGAAUUUGUUGGAGGCUGUGUGUCGGAUGGGGAACAAGCAGCUGAUCAGCGAAGUCCUGAUGCUUCCUCUGACAUGCCCCUGAAGAAGAAAGCAAAAAUAAUUUCUGACGACCGAACUAAGCAAGGAAAGAUGGAUGCUUUACCCAAAAAGGGUGGAGGUGCUUCCUCCAGCAAAUCCAAAGGUACGUCUUCAAAAUCUGGUCGUAAAUCCCGUGAAGGCAGUAAAGUUGAUGGCAAGUCCAAAGAUGUCUUCACCAAGACUGCGAGCAAAUCAGAGGAUGUCAGUAGUGGUGAAUUUAAGGAUCAUAUGCCUAGAGCUGGCAGUAGUAAAUCAGUUGAUGCUGCUCCUAAAUCGGCAGGGAAGUCCAAGAAAAAUAAUCCCGUCACACUCAAGACUGGAAAACUCAAGGAUGAUAAUACCAGCACACCCAGAACUUCCACCAAGUCCAAGCAAGGCACUGCAAAGACUGGAAAGUCCAAGCAGGACAUGCCCAAGAGUGCUUCUGUUUCCAAGGGCAAGAACCCCAAAAGUAGUGGUAAGUCUAGUGCCAAUGGUUCUGGCAAGGUGAAAUAUGGCGGUUCAUCAACUACGAAAGAGAGAGAGAAUAUGAAGGAUAACUCAACCGAUUCUGCAAAGGGGAAGUCGCCAACAUCACCAAAAGCACAGGGAAGUGACUCCAAGACUGGGAAGAAGCGGCGGAGGGGAAUGGCAAGUUAAUAGUUUACCGACCAAUUGCUCCCAAGCUGUUUCUUCUUAUCUCCUCAGAGAAUACUUCAAAUCUUUCCUACCUCCAUCUGCUGUAGCAACUUUGAUAUGUGGGCGCUGCAGUUGACGGUAAACUAUCAAUUAGUUAUUCUUCAUCAUCUUUGACACAAUUCCCAGAUUGUGACUAGCUUGUAAUCCACAGGUACCGUAGUUUGUAGUUGUUUUAGGGUUUAGUUAGUUUUGCUCUACAUUCUUGUUUUAGAUGGAAUUUGUGUUAUUUGAGAGAGCAGUAGAAAAUAUUGGUUAGCUCUGUUUAAGAAUGCUCUUUAUAAGGCAGUGUUAUGGGUUCAAAA